AGUUGCAUCUCUCUCUGUCUCUUUCUAUCUUUCUCUCUCUCUCCAUCUCUGAGAAAACAGAGGGAGGCCUCUCUGGCCACAUAAGUUCAUCCCGGUGGCCGUAUAUCGCGGUUGUUCCCUGGGUGACAAUGCAGCCGUCGGGAGGCUGCCCGUCCGGUCCGGACGACCAGACUUUGAACGCAGCAGGCGAUUGGGGUCACUGGGAGGUCAGCGACAAGGUCAGGCUGUGUCGCUUCUUGUGCUACGGCUCUGAGGGAGACGUGUACACGGCCGCAGAAGGUUCUCACGUCGACAUGGGGCGGGCAGGAGCCCUGCUUUCCAUGCUUCAGGAGGGCCGAGGCAUCGAAGCGGUGAACGAAAUCAAAAGGUUCGCUCAAGACGGACAAAGUGUCAGACUCGACCCCUCCAUUUUUGCGUUGGCGCUGUGCUCCCAGCACUCUGAGAUGGCGACAAAGCGUGCGGCAUUUCAAGCUCUGAAGGACGUCUGUCGGGAUCCCGCCCAUCUGUUUUCUUUUAUCCAAUACAAGAAGGAAUUGAAGCAGGACAUGAAGUGCGGAAUUUGGGGCCGUGCGCUGAGGAAAGCCGUGUCUGACUGGUACAACGCCCAGGAUGCUCUCAGUCUAGCUGCAGCUGUGACCAGAUGUAAACAGAGAGGGGGGUGGUCACACAAGGACAUCCUCAGGCUAUCUCAUACCAAACCAGCUGAUGAAGCUAUUGCUUUGAUCAGCAAAUAUGUCGCAAAAGGUUGGAAAGAGGUCCAGGUUGCCUACGCCGACAAAAACAACACGGAGGAGGUUGUCAAAGUGCUGUCAUACCUUGAAGUGGUGGAGAAGGUCAAGCACAGUUGUGAUGAAAUGGAGGUCAUCAAUUUGAUUGAGGAGAACAAGUUGGGGAGGGAGCAGCUUCCUACUGACCACCUCAAGUCCAAAUUAGUUUGGAGGGGCCUGUUGAAGGAUAUGGCGAUUCGGUCAGUUCUCCCGAUCCUGGGAAAGAUGACAGCCAAAAAGGUGCUUCAGCCUGGCUCGGCUGAAACCCAAGCACUGUGUGAGAGAAUCCAGAGUGAAACCGCACUAGAGCAGGAAGAGGUGCACCCUUUCAGCAUACUCUUGGCUUCUGAACACUACAAAAGAGGUCAAGGCUAUCAGGGUAAAACGAAAUGGGCAGCAGACGGCAACAUCCUCAAAGCCCUGGACGUUGCGUUUUAUAAGAGUUUCCUGAACGUGGAGCCAGUCGGUAAAAGUUUCGUUGUGGCUGUGGAUGUGAGCACAUCGCUGAGCAGUGUCGUCCCAGGAACGUCAAUCAGAACGGCAGUCGCUGCUGCGGUAAUUACUAUGGUGUUUGCAAGAACAGAGAGAGACACCCACGUGCUGGCCUAUUCUGAAGGAGCUCUGGAGGUUUGCUCUGUAUCGGCUGACAUGAAUCUGCUCCAAACAACCGAUGAACUCGUAAAGAUCCCCGGAGGAAGCACAGACCUCACCCUUCCCAUCACAUGGGCCAUAGAAAACGGCAAAGCCGUCGAUGUGUUCAUCGUUCUAACCAACAACCCACUGUGGACUUUCACUACAAGCCCAGUAGAAGCAUUGAGGAAACACAGAGAGGUUUUGCCAUUUGCACAGUUGUUAAUUUCAGCCCUGUUACGAUUCCACUGCCAGCUCACCAGCUUCUCCAUACAUACUGCAGAAAGCGGCACGCCCCUGUCCAAAUAUGAAAUUGUAUUUCAUUUGAUUUUUAGUUUUUUAUUGAUCGGUUGCAUGUUUCUUUGAUUAGAUUUACUUAGAUUUGAGUUCUGUCUCACCCCCAACAAUACUAUAUUUAUUUUGGCUGUAGAUGCAAUCAAAUUCCUGCUGGUAGAAUGAAAAGGGACCUGUUAACACAAUGUCAAAUGCGCUGUAAAUGUCCAUCCAUCUGUUUUCUUUGUCGCUUAUCCUCACGAGGGUCGCGGGGAGUGCUGGAGCCUAUCCAGGCUGUACGCCCUGAACUGGUUGCCAGUCAAUCGCAGGGCACAUAGAGACAAACAGCCGCACUCCCAAUCGAACCUAUGGGCAAUUUAGAGUGUCUGAAUAUUGUUUCAUAUUUUUUGGCAUGUGGGAGGAAACCGGAGUGCCCGGAGAAAAGCCACGCAGGCACGGGGAGAACAUGCAAACUCCACUUAGGCGUGGCCGGGAUCGAACCCCGGUCCUCAGAACUGUAAGGCCAACGCUUUACACGUGUCCUCCUCUAGUCAAAUACUUGCCAGGCGAGUAUUGGUGCUCUGAAUUAGAGAUACAUUUUGAAAUGUUUUCAUGUGGAGUAUUUGUGUGUGACUGUAUGAAUCUGAAAAUGUUUUUUGUGUCGGGCGUGGGUGUCAAACUCAAGGCCCGGGGGCCAGAUCUGGUCCGCCACAUGAUUUUAUGUGGCCCGCGCAGCCAAAUAUAGAGCGUCAAUUUCCAUGAUUCUUGCAAAAAUCUGUACCAAAAUGUCAAAUUGUCAUCUGUCAUAAAUGAUAAAGUUGAGAUAUGACUAGCAUUUUUGUGUUACCAAACGUGAACAGCUGAAAAACACAUUCCCCUUGAUUUCGGAUUCCAAAAGUAAUAAAUAAAUUGAUGAUGUAAAUAUGAUGGGAAAAAUGAGUUUGACAUCCCUGAUCUAGGAGCUCGUCUGAAUCUUAGUAUCACCGUUGUGGUUUUACUGUAAUUUAUCCAGGGAAAGCUAAUGGUAGUUAUUUAAUACCAUUUUAUCUAUGCUGAAUCAGCAUAGUGUUCGUAAGAGGGAAUAACUAACAACAAUAUCCUACCAAUAAGGAAUUUAAAUUAAAAAUGUAAUGUAAUCAUUGAGAUAGCCGUAUUAAUAAUGAUUAAUGUCGACCAAAGAAAAGGUUGAUGGAUGUUGUGUGGGAGGACAUGAGGACGGUGGGUGUUAAGAGAGGAAGAUACACGAGAUUAGAUGGAAAAAGAUGACACGCUGUGGACAAGCCGAAGGGAAAAUAAGAAGAUAGCCGUAUUAAAGUGAGUAUAAGGCACAUUUUUGGGGGGGCGGAACUAAUCUGGUGUUUUUGGUUAAGUAAACGGGUUGACUUUAUAGUCUACAUUUGUUUUUUGUUUUUUCACAUCUGUUUUGAUGAUUCUCAUUCAACACUCACGCUUAGUCAUUGUGUUAAAUGAUGACUUGAUGAUAAUCCCUAUAAAACAUUUUUGAUUGUGGUUUUAUUGUGAAUCCAAACUUGAUAGAUGAGGGUCUAAAAAAAACUAGCCAAUGUGUGAUAUUAAAUAGAACAUUUUCCCAGUGCUUUUAGUACACGUUCUCACAGAAUUUGACU